AUGUCGUUUGGAAAUCGUAGAUCUGAAAUUUCGACUCAUUUGUAUACAUUUUCCAUGGUAAGUUUUUUUUGAAAAUAAAAUUGAAUUUGACAAUUUUUCUGAAACAGUUCGAAAACCGGUUGAUUUGAAAUCAAACUGUAUUUUUAAUGUAACCAAAUUAAUUCUUGUUUUUUUUCAUUUCAGAUCGUUUCGACAAUUUCAACAUUUAUGCAUUUUUUGAUUGAUGGUCCAAUAUCGAUUCAAUUGUUUUCGAGUAUCGUGUUUUCAAUUGUUUUACAUUUCAAAUCAAUAAAUCUGCACAUUUCCGAGCUCAAUUAUAAUUUGCGACGAAAUUUUAUUCCGGUCAGUUGUUUUCUCAAAUGGAAAAAAAAAACCAUUUGAACAUUUCAGACUUUCUCAAUAAUAUUUUCAACAACUUGGUUGGCAUCACUUCGUGCUGCUGUUUUAUCGAUUGAUUCGAGUGCAAAUGAUGUUUCUUUGGUGAAUAACAUGAAAUCAAAAUGAUUAAUUGAUGUGUUUUUCUUUCAGUAUCUCGCAUAUCUCACACUUUUCAUGGCAUUCACCGAAAACCUUCAACAAUUUACCGAAUCAUAUUCUUUCGAUCAUUAUCAUUCGGAAUAUCGUCAAGAAGAUGUCAAUCAAUUUCUGCCAGGUUUACGAAUUGCAGCUGCUGGAUAA